AUGCUGAAGUUUUGGUAUUUUUUCCUCUUGUUACAUUUGCUCAUCCAGCAGCUUGAUGCUAACCCUGGGCUCAAAGUGAGGAUCACACAGAAAGGGCUGGACUAUGGCAAGAGGAUCGGGCUGGAGAUCCUGAAGCAAAGAAUAAAAGAAGAAAGCUUCCCAGAUUGGAGUGGCCAGGAGAAAUCUGGAGUUGGCGAUGUGGACUACACAAUUUCAGGGGUAAGAAUUAACACCAUUGAAUUCCCAGAUGCUUCCGUAUCCCUCAUACCUGGGAUUGGGAUUAAACUAUCAACUCAACGUGCUUACGCAACCCUCAGUGUGAACUGGAGCAUCAGGACCUGGUUGUUCAAAGACAGCGGAAGUGGUACAGUGUCCAUUUCAGGAGUAUUUAUUACAGCAGUCUUUACCAUGUCACAAGAUAGCACAGGUCACCCAUCAAUGUCACUGGAUAGCUGCCAGAUGAGUAUUAGGGGUGUGGAAGUCAAGCUGAAUGGAACAAUCAGCUGGCUCUAUAAAUUCUUUACUAAAUACCUGGAGAAGCCCAUUCAAAGGAGCUUGGAUACACAUUCAUGUCCAAACAUCAGACAAGGGAUCCAGCAGAUUGAUGCACAGCUCAGAACGCUUCAGGUCCCAACCCAGAUCGAUGCCUUUGCCCAAAUAGACUACUCCCUAGUUAACUCUCCAGGAGUCUUCCAAUCAUACAUUGAUCUGGACUUAAAGGGCGCAAUCUAUCCAGUUGGAAAUUGGACUGACCUUGCCUUUGUACCAGCUCCCUUCAUUCUCCCAGACAAAAGUGAUUCCAUGCUUUACUUUGGCAUCUCUGAGUAUUUCUUUAGGUCUGCCUCGCUGGCUUAUUACACAGCAGGGGCCUUCAACAUCACCAUCGUAGAAGAGCUUUCCAGUUAUUUUAAUGUAACGACGGAGACAUUUGGCAGCAUCAUUCCUGAGAUUGCCAAGUAUUAUGUAGAGGCAUGGCCCGCAAUGUUGAACCUGAGGGCUGCUGCUGCACCUGUGGUCAGUUUACAGACAGACACCUUUACUCUAGAAAUCUGUGCCACCAUGGAGGUGCUUGCUGUCCUGCCGGACUCAACCACCCAAUCCAUCUUUACAGUGAACAUAAUAGCGAACACCAGUGCCAGUCUGACUAUAUUUGAACAGAAGCUGAUUGGCUCAUUAUGUCUGAACAGAUUCCACCUCUUCUUGGCCGACUCCAGUGUUGGGUUCUUUGAGGUCUCACUUUUGGACAAUUUCCUGUCUUACGUUUUACGGAAUGGAGUAAUCCCAGCAGCCAAUGCUAAACUGAAGAAAGGAUUCCCUCUUCCUAACCUGGACCAAAUUACCCUCCUCAGACCUGUUGUUAAAGUUAAUGAGGGUUAUCUGCUGAUUUCCACUGAUAUUGACUACAAACUCUAAGGAAGGAGAGCUCAUUUGGAUGAUCAGGAAGUUCCCAA